AUGCGUUUGCUAAUGUUCUUAACCCUCAUAAUUUCAGUUCGUGGACAAAAGGGCAAUUUUCCUGAUUGCAAAUCAGGUCCACUGGCAACAUUUCCAAUUUGUGAUCAAUCGCUUUCUUCUCGUCAACGAGCGGCUGAUCUCGUCAGUCGAAUGACAAUUGCUGAGAAAAUUACUCAAAUGGUCACAACAGCAGCAGCUAUUCCUCGUCUCGGUCUACCGAAGUAUGAAUGGUGGUCUGAGGCACUUCAUGGCAUUGCCUUUUCGCCAGGUGUUUCUUUCGGCGGUGAUCUACCUUUCGCCACCUCGUUUGCUGCCCCUCUCAAUCUUGGUGCUUCCUUCAACAUGCAUUUGGUCUAUCGAAUGGGAACGGUCAUUUCUACCGAAGCACGCGCAUUCAAUAACGAAGGUCGAGCAGGUUUGACCUUUUUUACACCAAUGCUCAAUAUCUUUCGUGAUCCACGUUGGGGUCGUGGUCAAGAAACACCUGGUGAAGACCCAUUUCUCACUUCACAAUAUGCCUAUGCAUUAGUCAAUGGUCUGCAAACUGGUGAAGAUGAUCGUUAUUUGAAGAUUGCUACCAAUUGUAAAGCUUAUAAUGCUUAUGACCUCGAAGAAUGGAAUGGCACUGAUCGAUUUCAUUUCGAUGCUCGCAUCAAUGAUCAGGACUUAGUCGAGACCUAUUUGCCUCCAUUUGAAACCUGCAUUCGAGAUGCUCGAGCAGCCAGCAUCAUGUGUAGUUACAAUUCCAUAAAUGGUGUUCCAGCUUGUGCCAAUCAAUUUCUUAUCGAAACUCUUGCUCGGCGAUCGUACCAUCUUGACGGUUUUGUCGUCAGCGAUUGUGGAGCCAUUGCAACCAUUAUGUAUACCCACAAUUAUACAAGGACCGUUCAAGAUACAGUAGCUGUUGCAUUGCAUGCCGGAACAGAUCUUAAUUGUGGUGAUUUCUAUCGGCAACAUGUUCAAGAAGCGUUGAAUAAUAAAACGAUUAUUGAAAGUGACAUUGAUCAAGCACUUGAACGAAUAUUUCAUGUUCUCGUUCGACUUGGCUACUUUGAUCCACCUGAACAACAAAUUUAUCGACAAUUUAACAAAGACAAUGUCAACACUGUGGAAGCUCAGCAACUUGCCUUAGAAACUGCUCAAGAAGGAAUUGUUUUGUUGAAAAAUCUCAACAAUGCUUUACCAUUGAAUUUUGAUCAAUUACAAAACAAAAAAAUUGCUUUAAUUGGUCCAACAGCCAAUGCAACCGUAUUGAUGCAGAGCAAUUAUUACGGUCAAGCACCGUACCUUAUUGAUCCAAUCACUGGUUUCAAAUCGGUCAUAGGAGGCAGGUCUAUCGAUGUAGAAUUUGCUUACGGCUGUGCAAUAUCAGGCACAGAUGAAAGUGGGUUUGCAGCAGCGAUUCAGUUAGCCCGUCAAUCAGACAUUGUCAUCUUUUUUGGUGGACUUGAUCAAGCAACUGCAGCAGAAGGUCAUGAUCGUACAUCAAUCACCCUUCCAGAUAUUCAACUAAAUCUGUUAAGACAACUCGAACAAGUUGUUCAUUCGCCCAUCCAUGUUGUCAUGAUGUCUGGUAAUAGUCUUGAUCUUUCGCAUAUUCGUGAUUCUGAUACCUAUGGGAGUCUUAUCUGGAUGGGUUAUGCCGGACAAGCUGGUGGUCUAGCUAUAGCAAAAAUAAUCUUUGGUCAAUAUAACCCUGCUGGACGAUUACCCAUGACCAUAUAUCCUGCUUCAUAUGUCGAUUUAGUAAGUAUGUUUGAUAUGCAAAUGCGACCUUCUCCUGUAAAUCCUGGCCGAACAUACAAAUUUUACACUGGUCAAGCAAUUUAUGAGUUUGGCACUGGACUUUCCUACAGCACUUUUGUCUACUCAUGGACCAAUCAUACAAUGAUCUCUUCCUAUUCGAUUCAAUCAUUGAUAAAAGAUAAUCAUGAUGAGAAGCGUAUUGUCACGAAAGAUUUACGUAUCAAUGUAACCAAUACAGGCCCAAUGGCUGGCGAUAAUGUCGUUCUAGCCUUUGUUUCACCACCACAAACCCCUCGAAAUGAUCAAACACCACCAAUCAAACAGCUUUUCGGCUUCGAACGUGUGCAUUUGAAUGUUAACGAAACUAUUCAAGUCUUUUUUCCUUUCUCUGUCAGUGCUCUUCUCACAGUCGCUAGUAACGGUUUGAAAUGGUUACACCCUGGACAGUAUCGUAUUCUGAUUGGUCAGCAAGUAAUACACAUCAUUGAAUUGCAAGGCAAAUCUGCACGUUGGUCUUGA